GAAGCUAUUCUGUACUGAAUCAGCAUGGGAUAGAGUGCCUAGAAGACGUUCAGACCAAGCACAGCUAGCGCGUCCCUGCUGGUUCUCCAUUCUGCAUCCGUGCAGCCACGUUCUAUUGAUGGCCUGUUGUGAUUUCAAUGGAACAUCAUGGGAUGUACCUGGCACGUCGGGCAGCACUGGAUGGAGGUGCCUUUAGCCCAAUGUACCUGGCAUGGUGGUAGGGUGAAGGUGAGAGGAAGAGAAGGUGGAGAUGGAACUGCCAAAUCAUGCCAAACAACUGCUACUGCAGCUGAACCAGCAACGAGCCAAAGGUUUCCUCUGUGAUGUGAUCAUUGUGGUAGAAAAUGCCCUGUUUCGUGCCCAUAAGAACAUCCUGGCAGCCAGCAGCAUGUAUUUCAAAUCCCUUGUCCUGCAUGACAACCUGAUUAACUUAGACACGGACAUGGUGAACCCCACCGUGUUCCGGCAGAUCUUGGACUUUAUUUAUACUGGUAAGCUCUUAACGACUGACCAGCCUGGUGAACAGAACUUUAAUGCUCUCCUCACCGCAGCAAGCUACCUCCAACUGCACGACCUGGCAGCUCUCUGCAGAAAGAAGCUGAAGCGGAACGGCAAGUCCUUUGCCGGCAAGGCCGGUGGCCUUGGUGUUGGGAGAUCUGCCAGGAGUCAGAGACUUUCCACUGCUUCAGUCAUCCAAGCUCGCUAUUCAGGGUCAAAUGAGGGGUUGAAGGGCUCGCACUCAAAGGAGCUGUCAAAGGGAAAGCUCUCUGAUGAUGAGGUCUUCAUCAGCAGCUCCAACCAAGAGAACUGUCACUCCUUAAGCAGGGGAGCCAGCAAGAAUGGUGGUGGGGGCAGCAGUGCGAAUGGGAGCACUGGUGACCAGGAGCUAGGCCUCGACCUCUCCAAAAAAAGCCCAUCGCUCCCUGUUGCAGCCUCCCACGAUGACACGCAGCACAGCGAAAGCCAGCAUGGCUCUCCCCAAUCUGCCUCAGCCCCUGCAGCCAACAGUGCCUCAUCGUUCGACGAGUCUGGAGUCGGAGCCCCUCACAGCAUGGUGGACAGCAGUGACCCCAUGGAGAUGGAUCUGAGCGAAGAGUGCCACCACUCACUCACGGAGGGCAGCCAGCGCAAGGGCCUCCGGCACUCGUCCCGCAAGAAGGAGUGGAUCAAGAAAGACAACGCCUUUGACCGAAAGGAGGGGGGCAAAGACAGGGACGAGGGCGAAGGGCUGCCCAACGGUAUCCUGCUGGGGCCCUUGUCCAAGUCUGUGGAGAGGAGUCUGGCCGGGGCCUACAGCACAGACCUGCCCUACCCAUGUAAGGAGGAGGUGGAAAAUGGUAAGGAGAACAGUGAUGACAGCGGCCAGAGCGAGAGUGAGAGCGGUGGGCAUACCAGUGCCAACUAUGUCUACCGGCAGGAGGGGUUUGAGCCAGUGGCCUACGGUGACAACCUGUAUGUCUGUAUCCCCUGUGGCAAAGGCUUUCCGAGCUCUGAGCAGCUUAAUGCCCAUGUGGAGACACACACCGAGGAAGACCUUUACAUCAAGGAGGAAGGCACAUAUGGCAGCAAGGAUGAAGCUGAGGAUUUGUCCAAUCCCAAUCAGUCCUAUGCGGCAGAGUCCCGGCCCUUCAAGUGUUCAGUGUGUGAGAAGAGCUACAAAGAUCCAGCCACGCUGCGGCAGCACGAGAAGACUCACUGGCUGACACGGCCCUUCCCUUGCAACAUCUGCGGCAAGAUGUUCACGCAGAGGGGCACCAUGACACGGCACAUGCGCAGCCACUUGGGGCUCAAGCCCUUUGCUUGCGAGGAAUGUGGGAUGCGCUUUACCCGGCAGUACCGACUAACAGAGCAUAUGCGUGUCCACUCAGGAGAAAAACCUUACGAAUGUCAACUGUGUGGUGGGAAAUUCACCCAGCAGCGCAAUCUGAUCAGCCACCUGCGAAUGCAUACCUCUCCCACAUAAGCCAAAGACUCCAGAAUGAGCUUCGAGCCCAUCCGCAGUGAUUUACCUUUCUGUAGACUUGCUGCUUAAAAAAA